CAUGAAGACCAACGUUUGGAUCCUGAUUGCCGUUUUGGCCCUCGCCUGGGCUAACAUGGUAGUAAGCUACUCUUCGGAGUCCGAUGAUGAUGACAACGAACUCACCGAUGAAGACCUGUGCGACGAGGGAGCGCCCAUGGAAGUCGAAACGCACAAUAGCCUGAAAUGUUCAUGCACAACCAGCUAUAUAGUCACUUCCCCAGACCAGCACAGUUAUAACAGGCUGUUCAAAAAGAUCGACAAAUUGAAAGCAUGCCGAGACUGCUCCACAAUAAAACGAGCAUUCACAGAUGUUCUCCUCAUUGUCUCCAUUGAAACCACAGAAAAUUAG